GCGGCGGCCACCGCCAUUUUGACUGGGAGCGUUAAAUGUGAAAGGGAAAGCCGGGAGGGCGGCCGGCGGGAGCGCAGCGCCUGAGGGGAGCGGCGGGCCUACCGCUCGUCUCUCCCCCCUUUCCGUCGAAUCCCGGUUGGUAGCGAAAGAGUCGUAGGGCGUCGUUGCCACCCCACCCGGGGAGGCCGCGCUCGUCCCCGGCUGCCGGGGAAGCCGCCAGCGCCGAUGAUGUCGGGGCAGUCGAUCACGGACCGCAUCGCGGCGGCGCAGCACAGCGUCACCGGCUCGGCCGUCGCCAAGGCUGUGUGCAAGGCGACGACCCACGAGGUGAUGGGCCCCAAGAAGAAGCACCUGGACUAUCUAAUACAGUGCACAAAUGAAAUGAAUGUGAAUAUUCCACAGUUGGCAGACAUGCUCUUUGAGAGAACUGCAAACAGUAGCUGGGUUGUAGUGUUCAAAGCUCUAAUUACAACACACCACCUCAUGAUGUAUGGAAAUGAGCGCUUUAUCCAGUAUCUUGCAUCACGAAACACUUUAUUCAAUCUAAAUAACUACCUGGACAAAAGUGCCAUGCAGGGCUAUGAUAUGUCUACCUUCAUUAGGCGGUAUAGCAGAUACUUGAAUGAAAAAGCACUUUCAUACAGACUUGUAGCAGUUGACUUCACCAAAAUGAAAAGAGGGAUAGAUGGGGUGAUGAGAACCAUGAAUGCUGAAAAGCUACUGAAAACCCUUCCAAUCAUACAGAACCAACUUGAUGCACUCCUUGAUUUUGAUGCAAAUCCAAAUGAACUAACAAAUGGUGUUAUAAAUGCUGCCUUUAUGCUCCUCUUUAAAGAUUCCAUUAGGCUUUUUGCAGCAUACAAUGAAGGGAUUAUUAAUCUUUUAGAAAGAUAUUUUGAUAUGAAGAAGAACCAGUGCAAAGAAGGCUUGGAUAUUUACAAAAAAUUUCUGGCCAGAAUGACCAAAUUGUCAGAAUUCCUCAAAGUAGCAGAGCAAGUUGGAAUCGAUCAGGGUGACAUUCCAGAUCUUACUCAGGCACCGAGCAGCUUGCUUGAAGCACUGGAACAGCAUUUGGCCUCUGUGGAGGGAAAGAAAACAAAAGAAGUCUCUGCUGCCAGCAGAGCUAGUGCCCUAUCCAGUGCUGUUUCGACACUUGCCAACACAGGAAUGUCAUUUAGCAGGAUGGAUGAGAAGGAAAAGCAGCAAGCAUUGGAGGAAGAACAAGCUAGACUACAGGCACUUAAGGAGCAGCGAUUAAGAGAGAUUUCUGUAGUAUCAAAUUCCACCUCAUCAUCAGCAUCCCCAAGCACCUUAUCAGGGAAAAGUGUGAAUACCGCUGUAGCUGCUGACAUUUUUGCAGUACCAGCACCCACAACAAAUAGCAUGCCCAACCUUUCUAGUGAUCUUUUUGAUCUUCAGCCUGCAUUUGUUCCAACUGUGCAAAGUACUCCUGCAAUAUCAACGUCAGCAAACAGCGCUUGGGGAGGUCCUUUCUCGUCCUCAAAUGGUUGUGUUGGUUCUCCACCUCAUCUGGACAUCUUUGACAUGAAGCCAGUUGAAGAAGCUGUAAAAUCUACCACCCCUUUCAUCAAUUCCACUUUUUCCUCCAAACAAACAGUGGAACUGUUUAGUGAUGACUUUAGUAGUCAUAAGCCUACGUAUGGUUCUCUGUAUCAACCUCUGACUGUUGAUGGUUUUGCUCUUCAUUCAGCUCCUCCAAGUACCACCUCUUCAACAAUUACAGUGGAUUUUGAUGCUGUUUUUGGAGGAAAAUCUACGGCACCAGAGUACAAGACUGCAAGUGAUGAAGUAUUGCAACCCACAGUACCACCACAAAGUCAAAGAGCCACUUCAGCCAACCAGCAAAGCGGAAAAAUUUUGGGAAAUGACCUUGAUUCUUCUCUUGCUAAUCUAGUGGGAAAUCUUGGCUUUGGAGGAACUCCGUCCAAAAGAUCAGAUAUGCAGUGGACCCAGCCUACAGAGAAAAAACUUACUGGUGGAACAAACUGGCAAGCAAAAACAAGCACAUCGACCACAUGGAAUCCUACUCCCUUACCCACUAUUCCCCAUAUGAAUGGAGUACACUAUCCUGGAUAUGUACCUGCUCCUAUCACAUACCCAUUGACCACACCUCAAGUGCCUGUAUAUGGAAUGGUACCUCCUCAGAUUGGAGCUGCUCCUUUGAUGGCACCCCAGUCAAUGAUGUAUACACAGCCUGGUCUAAGGCCAACAAAUCCUUUUGCACCUGUUUCUGAAACUCAGAUACAGUUUAUGUAGAGCCGCCAAAGCAGCAAGAUGCAAGAACAACCAAAUACUGGAGAGAAAAAAAAAAAAAACCGACUGAAUUUCAGUCUUUCCGUGAUGUAUUCCUGAACAGGGCAAUGCUUUUUUCCCUGUAUAAUACAAUAUUAUUUUGGAUUGCAAUGCUUUAGAGAUUCUUGUUUAUAACAGUCACUGCAGUGUGAAUCAUGUUUGUUCGCUGAUUUUUUUUUUUAACUAUUUCAUUGAGAUUGACUCAGAAGGUGCAAGCUGGUUUAUCAUCUUCAAAGCUGAGAAGAAGGGGUUACUAUGCGAUUGCUCUACAACCUUAUUCAUCAGUGGAAUAACUUGAGAAGUUAACAGAGGAUGUCAAAGCUAUUUAUUUUCUCCAUAAAUUCUGUGGCUGUUUUAACCAAGACAACACAAAUGAAGUUAAGCAAUAAAUUUUUUAAGUGCUCUAAUAAAUAUUCUGAUAGAGCAAUGCUUGCGUUUAUCGUAAGGCCAAUAUUGUGUGAAAUCAGACAGCUUUUUCACAUUAGAAUAGCUUAUAGUAAUUUGCAAACUUUAUAAUGUGAGUUUGAAAUGCUGUGAAUCAACAAGAUAUAUACAUAUUACAUAUAUAUUAUAUAUAUAAGUAUAUAUAGUAAAGACAACAAAUUGCUCCAUUGCUAUGUCAGUGUUAUGUGGCUGGUUGAAAGAACCAGGCUCUGAUAUGAGCUGAGAGUCUGUGAUGGAGUACGGAGAACAAGUAUGCUGCCGAACAGCACGAGCAGCCUCCAACAGGUGACUGGAGCUGCACUGCUGUUGAGUUCUCUUCCCUGCAGAGAACAUCUUUCAUAGUUGAAGGAAGAACUAGCAUUGGAGUAAGGAAUGGAGGUAUCUCCAAGAGCAGCAGAUUGGAGCAAUUGGAAAAUCUUGUUGCUAACUGCAAAAGAGGCAAGAGAUCCAGUCUUCUUUUUUUUUUUAUUUUUGGAAGUCCAUUAGGUCAAAAGAAGCAAACCUUGCAAUAGUGCUGAUGCAACUGGUAACUAUAUUGGAAUUAUCCAGCUGUAGAGAGUAGCUUGUGCUGCUUUUCUAAAAUAAGAACCUAGUUGUAAACCAUGUAAAAGUAAUUAUUUUUAAAUGUGUAAAUAUAUGCAAACUUUUAGAUAAUCUUUUCUUUAAUGCUGCAGUAAUCUUUCUUCUGUAGUAAUUUCAAGGUAAAAAUGCAAUGUUGAGAAAUCUAGACUCUUUGAGAGGAAUAUCUUUUUAAAUCGACUAAUUUAUGAAGUAUGCUAUUCAUGAUGGGUCGGAUGUCUACAGACUUCUGGCAUGUCUUUUGUAUUAAACAGUAUUCCUCCAGAACUGAAAUCGGCUAUGAAAAUGCCUUAUCUUGUAUUUUUCCAUGUCUGAUAAAAAGUCAUAGCAUUAAAAAAAAAGUUUAUAGUAAGUACAUGGGACUAGGAGCAACGUUUGUUCCAGUAGUUUUGUGGCGGAAUACACAAAUGACUCUUGUAAAUUACUUUUACUAAUGAUUAAUAUUAAAGCUGAGUUUUCAAAAAAUGAAGUUUUUUAUUGUUACAAUAAAUAGCCCUCCAGAGUAGACUUUUGAGGAGUCUAUAAAAGCAGAAAUAUCUCCAACUCUCAGUAUAAAUGCAUAUAGGCCUGAGAACCUUGUCAAACCGUCCUGAGGAGAACUCCUAAAACACAGCACUUCCCUCAUAGUGGGAACAAGCCUUCUCUUUUUCUAAACACUUAAUUCUCUCCAAAGAGUGCAAAAGUAGUAUCUCUUAAUGCCACAUACAUAUUUUUGCCAAGUGAAACAACUUGAAACAAUUAAAAAACCAAACAACCCAGCCCUUGGAAUCUGUAACCAGUAAUGUCCUGGGAAAUGUAACCUAGCAGAAAUUUAAGACUUGGAGUUUCGGAAUGUGUAUUGAUUUUAAAAUAAUUUGGACCAGUAUAUAACAGUUUAAGUUUGGAUUACAGAAGGCUUCAAGCUUUAAUCUACCUUUACUGGGUUGAACAAUUCAACAGUGAGUUCUUCAGUGCCUGUAGUUAACAUCACGUGAUGGGGGAAUAGAUGCCAGAAUGAGUUAUUGUGUUAUGGGGACUGUUUAUUUAAGAAAUGGUGAAUUUCACUGAGUUGUUCAGCAUUGAAAAGUUUUGAGUUCAAACUAGACCAGUACAUGGUAGUAAUAAAUGUCUGGGCAUUAAUGACAGAGCUGAGAGUGCUAGAAGCAGGUAAUUUCUAGCACUGUAAGCUGUUAAGUCUCUUCUCAUACAGAGCUGUGUAAGUAGUAAUCAGUUAUUUUAAUAAAAUAUGCAAAUAAAUGCCUGGCAAACUAUAUAUUUGUUAACUUUAUUGCAGAGCAUUCUGAAUAUCUGGAAUGUACUUUGCUCAGAAGUGGAUUUAGUACUAGGUACAGUUUGCACUACUGCUGAUCUGCUCUCGAUUAUUUUUUUUAAAUGGUCCUUUGGAAUGCUUUCUUGUAGCAAAGCUGUCUGAUACCAAUUUAUUUAGUAUUAAAAAAGGAGAAACAGCCACAAAGUACAUCCUAAAAACUUUAUAAGCUACCUUCUUUUUAGUCUUAUUCAGAAUGUUUGGUACAUUAAAAUACAGCUUUUGGAUUUAUCUUUAUGAAGAAAAGAUUGCUUUACACAUUUCUCUCUGCACAAGAGCGCACAGGACUGCUUUUUGCCAAGCCUCUUCUUUGUGCGCAUACUGGAACCCAUAAAAUGGCAGAGCACUGUGGUUUAAAUAACAUUAGAAGUGAAAAAACAAGGACAUAGCAUGCUGGCGAGGCUUAUAUGGCUCAGAACUUGUUCUCCAAAAAACUCCAAAGGCUAAGGUAGUUCUUGAGAGUGAUGGCCCACAGGAAUUGCGGAUGGUAGUUAUGAUGAGUGAAACUCUGAAGAGAGAUGUACAUAAAUAUGUGACUUUCCCUUCCACCUCGUUUGAUCAGAAUCCUGUUCUGAAUAGAACUUCAGAAAGCAGAUAACUUAAGAUGUCACUCCACGUUUGUCUGAACAAGGAGGAAGACUUGAAGUAUGCUGUGUGCUUUGUGUUGUGCUUUAGUGAGUCAUUCAAGCCGAACUGCUGGGAUUCAUGCUGCUGCAGGGAGGCUGUCUUUCAUGGGAUAUACCGUAAGAUAACUUCUGGGGGAACUUGGAGAGGUUAAUUGUGUUAGGCCUGUUGGAUUUGAAAGUGUACCUCUUUUUAAGUAACUGGGGUUUUCUAAUGCUCUCUAAAUAGAAUCCAACUUUGCCUCCAAGGAGUUAUUGCAUUGACUUUUUGCUUAAUUUUGGGCAUGUGUACUCAAGAAAUCUCAGUUCUGUGCACAUAGUGGCAGAACGCUUGUAGGUAGAAAUAACAAAUGAACUUUUGUUUUAAAAAAAAAUAAAUAAAAAACAAAAACAAACCACAAACACACACACAAAAACCCCAGCAACGAAAAACCUUCUGACUACAGGGUUGAGUACAGGGUAUAUCCCCCUCUGGGUUUUUUGAUGUGUGGCAGGGAGGGUGGGGCUACCAUUAGAAUAGCAGGCACUGUGGAUCGGUGCUGAAUUUGUACAUAAUAAGGAAAACUUUGUUUGGGGUAGUUUGUAUUAUAAGGACAUCAUUUAAAGGCACUGUGUAUCGGUCAUUUAUUUCCAUUUAAAAGAUUAUAUUUUUGAGCAAUGGAAACUGUGUAUGUGUUACCAUUUAUACUUUACUGAUAGCCAGGGGUAUAGCAACCCUGUCGCUGUUACUCUGGAGCUGUAUCUCACUUGUUGUUGAUAUAUACAUCACGGCAUCACUACUCUAUGUGGAGUCUCAUGGUCAUUUAUUUAAAGAGAUUGUAGUAACUGGUACAGUUACAGCAGGAAUUGUAACACCUGAUCUUUCAGUAGAUUUCAAACAUGUAUCCUUACAAUUAAGUUUUAAUCCUUUACCAAAUCUUUGGCUGGAAUUUAGUCUUGGAGCAAUGACAGAAUAGGUGCUGGAACAGAUUUCCCUCACCCCAACCCCCACUUUACAUUAUUUAUUUAAUUGGUCUUGUUUUGUAUGUUAUGUUUUUUCCUCAGAACAGGUUUGUGCCUUUUAUUGGGUAUUUAUUUAAAAGGAGCUACAAUAAUUUAGGUUGUUGGGGCUUUUUUUCAGGUGUAUUCUUGUACAGCUCUUCCUUUAUGUGCGUUCCUUCAUUUUAUAAGAAUACAGAAUGUGUGGAAAAUAUACUACCACAAACUGGAAAAAAAACUUUUGAAGGUUUAUGUUCUAUGAAUUAAUAAUUUUUUUAAAAAGAAGCCGAAGCACAAGACUGGCUGUGUUGAUAUUUUAAUUGUGGAACUUCACAAUUUGUUAGUACACAAACUGUUUCUUUUUUAAAAACUGCUCAUAUUCAGUUACUUGAUGAAAGAACUUUUGGAAGAAAAAUAAACUUUAGCACAUGCAAGGAAUGUGUGUGUGA